AUGUCUGCUAUGAAUCAGUAUGAGGGACUCCCUCCCUCUAAAAAAACUCUGUGGAGGGAACAUGAGAACCAGACCAAAGCUCAGAGGAUGCAUGAGCUAAAAGCAAAGUCUCCUGAACUCAGCCAUGUGUCCAGCAAAACUGAUGAGUCCACAGAUUUCCAUCUUGACUUCAAAGCCAGACAGCAACGUCUUGAACAAAUGAUUCGUCAGCAGAGAAUAGAGACUCCAGAAUCCAGCUUUGACUGUAUGAAGAAGCGGUCUCUGUAUGAUCCCAUUGAUUUCAAAGAUGAACACAAGCCUGUCCGUGAAUACUUUAACCAGCAGAGCUCAGAGGAUCUCAGAGGUCAGUCUGUCCCUCAGCAUCAAAGAGAUCUGGACUCCAUAUUGAUGGUGCUGGAGGAAAACAUCAUCAGUUACGUGAAGAAUGAGAUGAAGAAGAUCCAGAAGGUUCUGAGUCCAAAUUACCCAGAAUGCUUAGAGAAUCAAAGGGAGGAGGAGGAAUUGGAGGGUGAGGAUGAAGAGCAGAGGAGGAGCAGCAGAAAGUCAUUUCUGAAGAUCACACUACACUUCUUGAGGAGAAUGAAGCAGGAGGAGCUGGCAGACCGUCUGCAGAGCAGGAAUACUGCUGAGAAGUGCCGGCAACAACUCAAGUCCAACCUGAAGAAGAGAUUCCAGUGUGUGUUUGAGGGGAUCACUACAGCAGGAAACCCAACUCUUCUGAAUCAGAUCUACACAGAGCUCUACAUCACAGAGGGAGGAACUGCAGAGGUCAAUGAUGAACAUGAGGUCAGACAGAUUGAAACAGCAUCCAGGAAACCAGACAGAGCAGAAACAACCAUCAGACAAGAAGACAUCUUUAAAGGCUCACAUGGAAGAGAUGAACCAAUCAGAACAGUGAUGACAAAGGGAGUGGCUGGCAUUGGGAAAACUGUCUUAACACAGAAGUUCACUCUGGACUGGGCUGAAGACAAAACCAACCAGGACAUCUACUUCACAUUUCCAUUCACUUUCAGAGAGCUGAAUGUGUUGAAAGAGAAAAAGUUCAGUUUGGUGGAACUUGUUCAUCACUUCUUUACCGAAACCAAAGAAGCAGGAAUCUGCAGCUUCCAACACUUCCAGGUUGUGUUCAUCUUUGAUGGUCUGGAUGAAUGUCGACUUCCUCUGGACUUCCACAACAACGAGAUCCUGACUGAUGUUACAGAGUCCACCUCAGUGGAUGUGCUGCUGACAAACCUGAUCAGGGGGAAACUGCUUCCCUCUGCUCACCUCUGGAUAACCACACGACCUGCAGCAGCCAAUCAGAUCCCUCCUGAGUGUGUUGACAUGGUGACAGAGAUCAGAGGGUUCACUGACCCACAGAAGGAGGAGUACUUCCGAUUGCGAUCCAGAGAUAAGAAGCAGGCCAUCAGCAUCAUCUCCCACAUGAAGACAUCACGAAGCCUCCACAUCAUGUGCCACAUCCCAGUCUUCUGCUGGAUCACUGCUACAGUUCUGGAGGAGAUGUUGAAAACCAGAGAAAGAGGAGGGCUUCCCAAGACCCUGACUGAGAUGUUCAUCCACUUCCUGGUGGUUCAGACCAAAGUGAAGAAGGUCAAGUAUGGUGGAAAAGCAGAGACAGAUCCACACUGGAGUCCAGAGAGCAGGAAGAUGAUUGAGUCUCUGGGAAAACUGGCUUUUGAACAGCUGCAGAAAGGAAAUCUGAUCUUCUGUGAAUCAGACCUGGCAAAGUGUGGCAUCGAUAUCAAAGAGGCCUCAAAGAAUUCAGAAGUGUUCACACAGAUCUUCAAAGAGGAGAGAGGACUGCACCAGGACAAGGCGUUUCGCUUCGUCCAUCUGAGUGUGCUGGAGUUUCUGGCUGCUUUUCAUGUCCAUCAGACCUUCAUUAACUCCGGUGUCAACCUGAUGGAACAACAGAAAUCACUGACACAUGUCCACCAGACAGCUGUGAACGUGGCCUUACAGAGUCCAAAUGGACACCUGGAUUUGUUCCUGCGUUUCCUCCUGGGUCUUUCACUGCAGACCAAUCAGAAUCUCCUACGAGGCCUGCUGACACACACAGAAAGUAGCUCAAAAACCAAUCAGAAAACAGUACAGUACAUCAAGAAGAAGCUCAGUGAGAAUCUGUCUGCAGAGAGAAGCAUCAAUCUGUUCCACUGUCUGAAUGAACUGAAUGAUCGUUCUCUACUGGAGGAGAUCCAAAUGUCCAUGAGAUCAGGAUGUCUGUCCACAGAAAAACUGUCUCCCGCUCAGUGGUCAGCUCUGGUCUUCAUCUUACUGUCAUCAGAAGAACAUCUGGAGGUGUUUGACCUGAAGAAAUACUCUGCUUCAGAGGAGGCUCUUCUGAGGAUGCUGUCAGUGGUCAAAGCCUCCAACAAAGCUGUGCUGAGCAGCUGUAACCUCUCAGAGACAAGCUGUGAAGCUCUGUCCUCAGUGCUCAGCUCAGAGUCGUCUUUUCUGAGAGAUCUGGACCUGAGUAACAACGACCUGCGGGAUUCAGGAGUGAAGCUUCUUUCUGCAGGAUUGAAGAGUCCACAUUGUGAACUGGAAACUCUCAGACUCUCAGGUUGUCUGGUCACAGAAGAAGGUUGUACUUCUCUGGCUUCAGCUCUGAGCCACAACCCCUACCAUCUGAUAAGGUUGGACUUGAGUAACAACAGCCUGCAGCUGCAGGAGUCGGGAGUAAAGCAGCUUUCUGCUGGAGUGGAGGAUCCUCGUUGGAGACUUAAAACUCUCAGAGUGGACAAUGAUGAAAAGCAGAAGCUAACUCCUGAUCCGAGGAGCUAUGCCUGUGAAACCACUCUGGACCCAAAGACAGCACACAGAAACCUCAAAUUGUCUGACAACAACAAGAGAGUGGAAGCUGUGAACCAGCAGCAGCCAUAUCAUGAUCAUCAAGAAAGAUUUGAUAUCUUCUGUCAGCUGCUGUGUAUAAAUGGUCUGAGUGGUCGUCGUUACUUUGAGGUUGAGUGGAGUGGAAAGGUUGAUAUAGCAGUGGCCUACAGAGGGAUUGGGAGGAAAGGCUACAGCAGGGACUCCAGGUUUGGAGGGAAUGAUCAGUCCUGGUGUCUGAGAUGCUCUGAUGAUUGUUACUCUGCCUGGCACAACAACACAGAGAAGAUUAUCCCUCGACCUUCCUCCUCCUCCAUCUCUAACAGAGUAGCGGUUUAUGUGGACUGUCCUGCUGGCAUUCUGUCCUUCUACAGAAUCUCCUCUGGCUCUCUGAUUCGCCUCCACACCUUCAACACCACAUUCUCUGAACCUCUGUAUCCUGGGUUUAGAGUCUGGAGUGGUUCAGUGACUAUGCAUUAA